AUAGCCCUUCCUCCUCACAGGACAACAGUCAAAACAAACCUCCAUAGUUCUCCUCUCUCUUCCUCUCCCCCUUCACAGCUCGUCUCCUCUCUUCCAUUCUCUCCCUCCUUCAAACUUCCAACUUCAUCUAGACAAUUCCACAAACACCUGCCACACACACUAAAAUCAUCCUCCAAGGACCAACCUCGCCAUUCUCUAACCUCAUGGGCGAUGAAAAGAUCAAGCAUAGUAUCAGAAUGAGGUAAACUGAGGGCCUAAAGCAGUUUUCAGUUUUCAUUAAUGGCUUCAACAAGUUCAACUCCAAGUGACCCUUCUAUUUCUAUACAUGAUGACACAGCAAUCAGAGCUGUGAACAAGAGAUAUGAAGGGUUGGUGACUGUUAAAACAAAGGCAAUCAAGGGUAAAGGGGCAUGGUAUUGGGCUCAUUUAGAUCCAAUUUUGAUGAAGAAUCCGGAUACAAAUCUCCCUAAAGCAGUUAAACUUAAGUGUUGUUUAUGUGAAGCUGUUUUUUCUGCUUCAAACCCAUCAAGGACUGCCACUGAACAUCUCAAAAAGGGAACUUGUCCUAAUUUUGUAUCAGUUUCAAGACCCAAUUCAGCAAUUUCUCCAUUGCCUAUAUCUUCUUUGCCUUCCCCACCUUCAAAUAAUCAUAGAAAGAGAAGCUCACAAAUAGGUACUGCUUUAAAGUCUCUAGCUUUAGUUGAGUCCAAUAAAUACUGUGACCAAGUUGGUUACUUUAAUUCUGGGUUUACUCCGAAAGGUCAGGAUUUAGUGUUGUCUGGUGGAAAAGAGGAUUUGGGUGCAUUAGCGAUGUUGGAAGAUAGUGUUAAGAGGCUUAAAAGUCCAAAAGCUUCACCAGGUCCCUUGUUAAACAAGGACCAGAUUGAUUCUGCUCUUGAGUUACUGAGUGAUUGGUUUUAUGAGGUUUGUGGGUCAGUAUCAUUUUCUAGUCUUGAGCAUCCAACGUUUAGAGCUUUUCUUAAUCAAGUUGGUUUGCCUUGUUUGUCAAGGAGGGAAUUGUCUGGUGCUAGGCUUGAAAAUCGGUUUUAUGAGGCAAAAUCUGAGGUGGAAGCUAGAAUUAGAGAUGCUAUGUUCUUUCAAGUUGCAUGUAAUGGAUGGAAGAGUAAUAAAUGCUGUAGUGGGGAAGAUAACUUGGUUAAGUUUGGUGUUAAUCUUCCAAAUGGAACUAGUGUGUUUCACAAGGCAGUGAUAACUGGAGGAGGAACAGCGUCGUCGAAGUAUGCAGAGGAGAUUAUGUGGGGGGCAGUGACGGGGAUAUGUGGUAGUGGUUUGCAGAGAUGUGCUGGGAUAGUUUCUGAUAAGUACAAGGCUGAGGCUUUGAGGAACUUGGAGAUUCAGUAUCCGUGGAUGGUGAAUAUUUCUUGUCAGAUUCAGGGGUUUGUUAGUUUGAUCAAGGAUUUUAGCAAGGAGCUUCAACUUUUCAGGACUGUUAUUGAAAAUUGCUUGAAGCUUGCUAAUUUUGUAAAUAAUGCAUCUCAAGUUAGGAGUAGCUUCCAGAAGUACAGGAUGCAGGAGCUUGAUUACACUGGGCUGCUUCGAGUUCCUUGGUGCAAAUGUGAUUGUGUAAAGGACUUUGCGCCUGUUUAUGCAAUGCUGGAGGAUGUAUUGAGCUGUGCCCGUGUGCUCCAAAUGGUUAUCUUAGACGAGUCAUAUAAGUUGAUAUGUGUGGAGGAUCCUGUCGCUAGGGAGGUCUCUGGGAUGAUUCAAAGUGAGGGUUUUUGGAAUGAUUUGGAAGCUGUUUAUUCGCUAAUGAAGCUCAUUAGAGGGAUGGCUCAAGAGAUUGAGACUGAGCGGCCGUUGAUAGGGGAAUGCCUUCCUCUUUGGCAAGAGUUGAAAGCAAAAGUGAAGGACUGGGGUGCAAGAUUCAAUAUUGCAGAAGGCCAAGUUGAGAAAAUAGUUGAAAAGAGAUUCAGAAAGAACUAUCACCCAGCAUGGUCAGCUGCAUUUAUACUUGACCCUCGUUAUUUGAUGAGGGACACAAGUGGAAAAUACCUUCCACCUUUCAAGUGCUUGACUCAUGAGCAGGAAAAGGAUGUUGAUAAGCUUAUAACCCGUUUGGCAUCCAGGGAAGAAGCUCAUGUUGCCUUAAUGGAGCUUAUGAAAUGGAGGUCAGAAGGUAUGGAUCCACUAUAUGCACAGGCUGUUCAGGUUAAACAGCGAGACCCUUUGACUGGAAAGAUGAAAAUUGCAAAUCCUCAAGGCAGCAGACUAGUGUGGGAAACUUGCCUGAGUGAGUAUAAAACACUAGGGAAGGUUGCAGUUAGGCUUAUCUUUCUCCAUGCGACCUCAAGCGGGUUUAAGUGCAAUUGGUCUUGCAUGAAAUGGUUUUGUAUCCAUAGAAACUCAAGGGUGGGACUUGAACGGGCACAGAAGAUGAUAUUCGUUGCAGCUCAUGCAAAGCUUGAGAAACGUGAUUUCUCAAAUGAAGAAGAAAAGGAUGGGGAGCUGUUCCGCAUGGUAGGCUGUGAAGAUGACAUGCUCAACGAGGUCUUUGUCGAAGCACCAUCAGUGUAAUGUUUUUCUUUUUAACUCAUGUAGAAUUCUGAAGGUAUAGGAUUUAUAGAAUUCUUUCCCUUGUAUUUGUUUUCGUGUCACUUCUAGAUGAAGAUGUGAGAGGUAUGUUUAGGGUAGAGUAUAUUAAAGGAUAAAACAACGUAUCACUAAAACUUCUUAGGCGCGUGAUCUCAAUGGAUCCUUCAUUUUCAAUGGGCAUGAUUUUGGCUUUUUGGUUAUAGACGUAAAAACGGACCAGGAAUAUAAACAAAUUGUGUUUGAUUGUUUUA